AUGGCUGAAGGGUCGAUCAAGUCGAGGAUUGCCGCGCUCAACCUCGAGGAGGUGCACACUCCUACACCGGGCGCCAAGCCGACCUACUCCUACGAUGCUUCGACUGCAAAGAAGAAGCCACCGCCGCCGCCGCCCAGCGCGCGCCCUCCCGCCUACUCGCGCCAGACAGUCAACAACCCGCCAGUCCUGAGCAAUGCGCCCACCUCCGCGCGACAACUCGGCAACCAGCCCAUAGUAGUGAACGAAUCCGAAAAACCAAAAGUUUCGCCCGCGCUGCCUCCUCGUCCACCUCCGCGCAAUGCCAGCACGCCUCGCCAAACACCAACACUGCCUCCGCGUAAGGCAUCCGAAUCAAGCGUGCGAAGGCGCGAGUCAAACGAGUCAAUUUCCACAAUCGCGUCGGGCAUAUCAACGCUCUCGUUGGGUUCAGUGAAGACGAAUGGCUCAGGAUAUAGCAAUGGAAGUACAGGCACGGUGUACCAAGUCAGGGCUCCGAUCUAUGACCCGUCAAAGCUGCCACCGCUGCCAGCGAAGAAAGCACCCGAGGACCCUAAACAGAGCAAGGCGACGCUGAAUGCUAUGAAGAGCAAGAGGGAUUAUGUGUCUCCUCGGGAACUGCCCCCUCAGCUCAAGACUCCCAACCUACCGGCAAGACCCUCCCUACCUCCUAGACAGUCCAUCGUUCGCGAGCGAUCACCUCAGCCUGUGCCAGCGCUGCCACAGAGGCAAUCCUCAAACGACACCUCUCGAACAAACAAACUGAUCGCACCACCGCCACCGCGACGAUCAGCGUUGGACAUGGGCUUCAACAACAAGGCCGCUACACCUCCACCUGUGCCUUCAACUCGCCCACCAGCAGUCACAUCCGAUUCAGCCCCGGCUCUUGGUACACCACCACCUGUUCCCAUGUCGUCCAGACCGAACCUCAGCGCCCUCAUGGCUUCCAAGCCGAAACCAGGUGCUGCUCCAUCAAGUUGCCUGAAGUGUCGGGACUUCUCAGGUCCAGACAAUCACGCUGCGCAGUUCCCUCGUACCCAACUUCCCAACUCAGACGUGGGCUGGCUUGCUCAUCAACUAUGCUCACAGUUUCCCUCACCUACAGACAAGGCUCGAGCGAUCUUCACUUGGCUUCAUCACAACGUCGACUACGAUACUCACUCGUUCUUCAACAACACGGUUAUGCCUACUACACCCGAAAAGACAAUUGCAUCAGGUCUGGCAGUAUGCGAAGGUUAUGCCGGUCUGUUCGCUGCUCUGGCUCUGAAAGCUGGGUUGGAAGCUAUGGUAUGUUCCGGUGCGUGCAAGGGCUACGGCCACGCACCUUUGGAGCCUGGUCAACCUACACCACCUUAUGAAUCGACACAUGCCUGGAACGCUGUCAAGAUCGAUAACGGAGAAUGGAAGCUCAUUGAUCCCUGUUGGGGAGCUGGACACUUAGGGUGUCGUAAUAAGGGCGAAGGAUACGUACGAGCCUUCGCUCCGCAGCAUUUCAUCAUGGACAACAACGAAUUCGGACUGAAGCACUACCCCGGAGAAGCCUCUCACCAGUUCCGCACCGACGGACGCAUCAUGUCAUACGAAGAGUUCAUGCGGCAUGACGAGGGCGGGCGCCUCUUUCUCUGCGGCAAUGGCAUGAAGCUCCACGGCUUCGGCGAGCAGACCUUUGAACCAUCACAAGCCAAGAUCAAAGUAAACGACCCCUACGCACCAGCAGUGGUCCGGUUCCAAAUGUCAUUCAUCUGCCCGCACUGGGAUCCCCAGAUCAACGGAAAGGGUCCGCCCUACAUUAUGCUCCUAAGCGUUGCCGGCAGGGACGGCCGGAAUCCAGACUACAAGCCGUUGAAUACCGACGGGCGCACUUGGUGGCUCGACUUCCCGCGCAUGGACCUCGGUGCGCCGGGCCAGAAGAUCUCGAUUGUGGCCGUGACAGAAUUUAAUAAGAAGGACGCACGUGGGUUGAGCCUGGCUACUUGGAACAACAAGAGGGCGUACUCGUGUAUGUUUGGCCCAGUGGCCACAUGGGAGCUUGUUUGA